GGCACAUUGUGGACAUGCUGCUCCAGCAUUGAGCCUCCAAACCCCAUCUCUUUUCUUCUCCUCUUUCCACAUCACCACCACCUCUACUUUGCCAGUCAACAAUGGGAGUUGCCUACAGUGUUGGAGAGGUUGACCACCUCUAUACCUUCUUUGUACAAUGGUCGCCAGAUAUGUGCACAAACAGCAACAAUAAGAACAGCAAACCCCACUUUCAGAAUCAUUGUCAUGUACCAAAGAAGAAUAAGGGGACUUCAAACAAGCAGCUAACCAAUCCUGCAGCAACAAAUUGGGGGAUUCUCACCGGAAAAGACCCAAAGCGCCGUUUAAGUCUAUGCAGCUCCGACUCAGAAACAGAAGAACAUGAGUACCGGGGGAACGCAAAAGACGUUCUCCCUGUUUUAAGUGACUAUAGCGAGAUCCUUGAUGACAGGCACCUGAUAAGUCUUGCAUCUCACAUGCCAGAAAGAACACAAGGCUAUCGAUGGCAACUGGUCUACAGCACUGCUGUCCAUGGGAGCAGCUUAAAGACACUCUACAGAAACAUGGUGGGUCUGGACAGUCCUGUGUUGCUGGUUGUUAAAGACAUGCAAAAAAAGGUUUUUGGAGCCUUUUCAUCUGAUCCGUUUCGAGUUAGCAAAUACUGCUACGGCACAGGGGAAACUUUUCUAUUCACCUUUAACCCUGACUUCCAGGCUUAUAAGUGGACUGGGGAGAAUUCUUACUUUGUAAGCGGAAACUUGGAGUCUCUUCAUCUUGGAGGGGGCGGGGGAGAAUUUGGGCUAUGGAUUGAUGCAGAUUUGUACCGAGGGUCGAGUUUUUCAUGCCCCACAUUCCACAAUGCUCCACUCUCUACACAGAAAGACUUCAUCAUACAAGAGCUUGAGGUCUGGACAGUACGAAACUGAACAAGAACACCUGAGAGAAAAAAAAAGAGGAACCAUUUAAAAGAUGAGUGUGGGUGCUUUCCACCACAGCUGCGUCUCGCUAAAUGAAUGUGGCUGGCACCAAUAUGCAGGGUUGUUAUACUGCCUCUCAGGCUGGUGUAUCAGGUUUGAGCUUAUUGCUACCAAAAACACAAGGGGUUGCAUAAAAUACUGUGAUCCUGGGCAUUGUUACCCAAAACUAGUGCCUGCCAUCAGAAGCCUACACUAAGCGUUUUAAGCCUUCCAUGCUCUCCUGUUUUUUGGAGAGUGUUAACAAUCAAAGUUCCUAAACCUAUUGGGUAAGAAUCUUUGUGAAAACAAAGCACCUUUAGGAUGAAAAAAAAAUUAAUGUACUGUAUGUAUGUGUGUUAAUUGUUCAAACUUUGUUUACACUAGGCAGAUGUGGUCCCACUGUUUCAUACAUGGAUUUAUAUCACCCUUCUAAGGGAUAUCAUACAUGGUACAACCACUGUAAUGAUGAUGUGCCUCAGAGUGAUUUGUUUUCUGCUCCACACUGAGUAUCAUUAAAGUAUCAGUACCAAUUUGUAUUUCAGAAAUACAGUUGCUGGUAAGGGCCUCUAAGGUCAGAUUAAAUAAAAGUUCUCAAUUUAACAAAUACAACAUAUGAUCUGUUAUGUGUGCCAUUUGAAAUGAAAAUGUGCUCAUGUAUUGACAGAACUGUAGUUUUCAGUUUUUACUGUGACUUCUCUGUUGGUAAAAUACUGACAAACCUUUGUGUAUUCUUUUUCUUUACACAUUCUAGCAAUUAAGAAAAAAGCCAGAAAGGGAGAUCAUUUUUCAUUCUUUUCUAUAUUUUCCGGUGGUGCUGGCACUGCCAGUUUUUUUCUUGUUUGGAACUUCUAACAUGUCUUUACUGCUGAAUAAAAUAGUAUAUUAUUUGG